UUUCGUUCAUUUGAAAAUAUUAAAAAAUAGAGAAAAAUAUUUGUGAUUAUUUAUUUAUAUUUAAACACAUUAUAAAAGUUUUUGAUGGAUUUAUCAGAUGUGAAUUUUGAAAUUAAUCCUGUAAAUGAAUUUUCACAAAUGACUUCGUUAACUCUUCCUGAAGUUCCUAGUGCAUUUUCUAUUUUCUGUAAAGAAAAUCAAAAGAGGAUGAGCGAGAAUUUUCCUAAUGAGCCUGAAAAUAUGAUUUUAGCACGUUUGGGCGAAGUUUGGAGAUCCAUGCCAGAAAAAGUUAAAGAGAUUUAUUACUUGAAAGCAGAAAUGAUGCAAGCAGGAACAAAUCCAGAAUCGAAGAUAAUGGAAGGACAGUAUGUGAGAAGACACGUGUCUUUUCCACAAUUUUCAUUCGGAUAUCCAAAUCAGCAAGUCAUUUUAAAUUGUAACAAAAAAUCUGAAGUAAAAACAGAAAAUUUAUCUCCAUCACAAGUUUUUAAAUCAGAAAAUUCUUCAGUAUCAAAUCCUACAAUUGUUUACUUAUCAAAGGAGAAAGAUAAAGAAAAAUCUAGCAAAGUAAUUUUGUCAGGAGAAAUUCAAGAACAGUCUCAAAAAAAUAUAAUUAAUCAAGAAUCUCCAUCAUUGAAAAUUCCUAGACCUCCGAAUGCUUUUAUGAUAUUCGGCAAAGAAUAUAGGAGAUUAUUAUCGCAAAAAUAUACAAAUGAGACUAAUAAAUCUAUUAGUGUUCGUUUAGGACAAUUAUGGAGGCAAUUAUCAGCAGAAGUAAAAGAAGAAUAUUUUCAGAAAGCAAAACUAAUUGAAUUACAACAUCGCAAGAAAUAUCCAGAUUAUGAAUACAACCCAUUCCUUGCAAGAAAAAGAAAAGAACAAAUCAAAUUAGCUAGAAUGAAUAAAUCAUUAUCUCAGAACAAAUUAAAAAAUAAAGCCAAAUCUAAUAUAGAAGCCAUGUUUCAUGACGAACAAUAUCGUACGAAAUCUGGGAUCAAUUUUCUGCCCAACAUCAGACCUCAAACUUUUCCUUUUCAUAAACCUAUAUAUCCAUGUCCUCUUUUUACUAAUGGUGUACCUAUUAUUAAGUCAUUAACUUCUGAGGAAGUACCGUGUGGUGUGAGCGAAUAUAUUGAAAUUGAAGAAGCUCCAAAAUAUCGAAACUUUUUAGUAUCUAAUCCAAAUCAGCAGAUCUCAUCUUACAGCUCAACGUAUCUACCUUCAGAUCAGCAACUUUUUACUGAUUUAGAAUUUUUAGAUACAAGUAAUUUUACUGAAGAGACUGAAAAUAUAAUGUUCGAUGGAGAAAGUUUCGCAAAUCUACAAAGAAUUGUUGAUAAUAAUAAUUUUUCUUUGAGUAGUUUAGAAAAUUCUGCAUCAUUCCCAACUGAAACGGAAAAUGAGAACAAGACAUCUUCCUUUAGAAAUUUAGAAUCUGUGGAUAAAAUUAAUGAUAAAAUGGAUAUGAGUAAAGAUGAGAUUACUAAUGAGAGUGUGAACAAUAAUGAUGAUGCUGAAGAGCCAAAAUCAGAAAAGGAGUCUACAAAAACAGGGGACAUGGAUAUUCUUUCACAGGCUAUGGUUAGCUUAAUUGAAGACACUGUUUAAGAUAAAUGUUUUUAUUAUUAUUAUUUUUUGGGGGGCAUAAAAUAUACAAUCUUAUUGACUUCGAUUUUGAUAUUUAUUUAUA